UUGUUUCAUACCCUUCCCCUUUCGCUAUUUAUACAAGUACGCAGCUUUACGGACCCUACAUCUCUCUUGCUCCCCUGCAAAUUUCAAAUCCUCUAAUCCUCUCGAUUUCUGUGGUUCAAAAGACUGAGCAGAGUCACUUGAGCAAGCUCCUGAGUUUUCUAGGGAACGAUAAGAUCAUGGGGAGAGUUCCUUGUUGUGACAAAAAUGGGCUCAAGAAAGGGCCUUGGACGCCGGAGGAAGAUCAGAAACUGAUUGAUUAUAUCCAGAAACACGGAUAUGGAAACUGGAGAACACUUCCAAAGAAUGCUGGGCUGCAAAGGUGUGGAAAGAGUUGUCGUCUUCGCUGGACUAACUAUCUGCGACCCGAUAUCAAGAGAGGUCGAUUUUCUUUUGAAGAGGAGGAGGCAAUAAUUCAGCUGCAUGGUAUUUGGGGAAACAAGUGGUCUGCCAUAGCUGCUCGCUUGCCAGGAAGAACAGAUAACGAAAUCAAGAACUACUGGAACACCCACAUUAGAAAAAGACUUCUCCGAAUGGGAAUUGAUCCUGUGACUCAUAGUCCAAGACUUGAUCUUCUUGAUCUCUCUUCAAUCUUAGGCUCAUCACUCUACAACUCCUCUCAAAUGAACAUUUCUAGGUUCCUCGGGAUGCAGCCCGUGGUUAACCCAGAGCUUCUUCAGUUAGCCUCAUCUAUCAUAUCAACUCAACGUCAAAACCAGAACUUUGUUUCCCAAAAUGGUCAAGAAAAUCGGCUGUGUGAUCUCUCACCCCAAAACCAAUAUCACCCAGUUGUCCAAGCUAGCCAAUUUCAAAGCCAAGUUCAAGAAAUGCCGACUUGUACUACAUUGACAACUCCAUUUGUUCCGUUUUCUAAUGAAACACAACUCAUGGACCCAAACAUCACCGACUUGUGUUCUCAAAACUCUCAAGUGAACCACCAGGAAUGGCAAAGCGAUACUGGAAUGGCUUCAAAUUUAACAGACUAUAUGACCACUCUACCAAGUUUGAACGACUAUUACGUGUCCGAUCAAACUGCUAUUAUGGACCCAUCAUCUGAGACAAGUUCAGCUUUCAUUUCCAAUAACAGCAACCAACAAAAUUUCAGUUUCGCGUCAGUUUUAUCGACGCCUUCUUCAAGUCCAACACCAUUGAACUCAAAUUCAACUUACAUCAGUGGCAGUAGCAGCACCGAAGAUGAGAGGGAAAGCUAUUGCAGUAACAUGUUGAAAUUUGAAAUCCAAGAUAUUUUGGAUGUUAACUUCAUGUAAAAUUUGCAAAAUGAAUCUGAUCAAAGACCAUUUUUUUCUAUUGUCCAUCCAAAAUUUUUGGGCCAUGUUAUCUUAUUUUUCUUCAUCUUACUUUAUCAGCAGGCAAGAUCAUAUUAUCUUAUUACAGUCAUCAUAUUUUAGUGGCAUUAUUGUUUCUAGAAUUUACUUUAUAUAGAUAUAUAAAAAGCAUAAUAAAUUAAAUAAUACACAGUGUUUUCUUGCCCAAUAAUAGCAUACCAAGUAUCAUAUAUAAAAUUAUUUUCUCUUUUUGGCCUUCUCUAAUUUGGAAAUGAUUUAUCUAUAACAGGAAAGGUAAAAAAUCCAACUGCAAAUACCAAACACUUGAAAUAAAAAGGAGGGGAAAAAAAAAAAGAGGAAAAAACAA